GAGGCCCCGCCCACAGUGUGAUCGGCCAGGGGCCCGAGAGUCUUUUCCUCGCUCGCCGCAGCAUCGGGUCCACAGCUGUGCGUGGAGAGGUCCUGCGGCAGGAUGAGUGCAGGCUCGGACCCCGUGGUCAUCGUCUCGGCGGCGCGGACCGGCAUAGGCUCCUUCAAUGGCGCCUUGUCCACCGUUCCCGUCCAUGACCUGGGCUCAACGGUCAUCAAGGAAGCCCUGAAGCGGGCCGCUGUGGCCCCCGAAGAGGUGUCGGAGGUCAUAUUUGGACACGUUUUGGCAGCAGGUUGUGGGCAGAAUCCGGUUCGACAAGCCAGUGUGGGAGCAGGGAUCCCCUACUCUGUUCCAGCAUGGAGCUGCCAAAUGAUUUGUGGGUCAGGCCUCAAGGCUGUGUGUCUUGCAGCACAGUCGAUCCGGAUAGGGGACUCCAGCAUUGUGGUUGCAGGAGGCAUGGAAAAUAUGAGCAAGGCUCCUCACCUGGCUCACUUGAGGACAGGAGUCAGGAUUGGGGAGACACCACUGACUGACAGUAUUCUGUGCGACGGGCUUACAGAUGCAUUUCACAACUACCACAUGGGCAUUACAGCUGAAAAUGUAGCCAAAAAAUGGCAAGUGAAUAGAGAAGAUCAGGACAAGUUGGCAGUUCUGUCCCAGAACAGGACGGAGAAUGCACAGAAAGCUGGCCACUUUGACAAAGAGAUUGUACCAGUGUUUGUGCCUUCUAGAAAAGGCCUUAUUGAAGUUAAAACAGAUGAGUUUCCUCGCCAUGGGAGCAACAUAGAAGCCAUGUCUAAACUAAAGCCUGCCUUCCUUACGGAUGGAACAGGAACGGUGACUGCAGCUAAUGCUUCAGGAAUGAAUGAUGGUGCUGCAGCCGUGGUUCUUAUGAAGAAGUCGGAGGCUGAUAACCGUGGGCUGACACCUUUAGCAGAGAUAGUUUCCUGGUCACAAGCAGGAGUGGAGCCUUCCAUUAUGGGAAUAGGACCAAUUCCAGCAAUAAAGCAAGCUGUUGCAAAAGCAGGCUGGUCACUGGAGGAUGUGGACGUAUUUGAAAUCAACGAAGCCUUUGCAGUCCUCUCAGUUGCAAUAACUAAGGAGCUUGGAUUGAACCCGGAAAAGGUCAACAUUCAAGGAGGGGCUAUAGCCCUGGGCCACCCUCUUGGGGCAUCUGGCUGUCGGAUUCUCGUUACCCUGUUACACACAAUGGAACGAAAGGGUGGGCGUCGUGGUGUUGCUGCCCUAUGCAUUGGGGGUGGGAUGGGGAUAGCAAUGUGUGUUCAGAGAGGGUGAACCUGCUUCACUAAGCUUGAACCUCAUUUCUUUCAACUAAUAAGGCACUAAUAUGUGAAAUCAGGACCAAUGUGAGGGUGGGAGCCAUCUUCCACUUCAUAAGAACCCAGGGCUUGAUGCUUGUACUUUUAAUGUGUAAUAUGCAAGGUACAAGACAACUGCAUCUUACAGUGUUAUAAAUAAAAGAAAUCAGAUCAGUCA